AAGGCCCCAGACUUCCGUCCCCCUUCCUGAAGACUGGAGGCGGUGCACAGGUUUGCCGGGAAGGUUAUGGUGCCAUCACCUUGCCCUCUGAGCCCCAGCGAGAAGGAGAAGGGGUAGGCCGCGCCGCCACCGCUCCCGCCGCCAGCCAUGAGCCACUCGCGGGGCCCCUCGGAGCUCCGCCGCAUCAUCUCCACAGCCUUUGAGGGGCCGGAGCAGGAUGGGCUCAGCCCCCCCUCGCCCGCGUUCGGGGGCCCGGGGCAGGAGGAGGAGGAGCGCGACCUGACCAAGGCGCUGCGUGUGGAGCGCUUCGAGGAGAUCCUGCAGGACUCGCACCCGCGCAACGUGGAGGAGCCCGGCCGGAGCUACGGCGAGGAGGACUUUGAGUACCACCGCCAGUCGUCCCACCACAUCCACCACCCGCUGUCCAGCCACCUGCCCUCUGACACCCGGCGGAAAAAGGGGCCCCCGAAGAAAGGCAAGAGAAAGCGCAGCCGGGCAUCCCUGCCGGGGGAGACCCCCACCAUCGAGGAAGAGGCUGAGGGCGGGGAGGAGGAGGACGGUGAUGAGGAGGACGCCUGCGACACGGAGACGGAGCAGGUGCCCGAGGACCCGCUGCAGCCUGGCGGCUCUCCGGAGGGCGUGCAGUUCUUCCUGCAGGAGGACGAUGCGCUCGAGCGGCGGACAGAGGGGCCAGCACCCCCCGCAGGGCCCCUGGGCUCCCCCACGGAUUCUGCGGGCCCCCCCGGCUGCCAAGGGUGCCAAGCUGGGCAGCAUCUUCCUCACAGCUCAGAUGCCGAAGGGCCGGGUGGCGUGGAGGGGCCCAGUGCAGCCGAGGGGGGCUCUCCCGGGCGCACCCCCUCCAAAUCCCAGCUUGCCCACCGCAGCUACAAUCUGAACGAGCGCCGGCGCAUUGGCAGCAUGACGGGCAUUGAGCAAGCCCGGUACCCGAAGGUGCCCACGGAUGAGUCGGAGGCGCAGACGCUGGCCUCCGCAGACCUGGACUACAUGAAGAGCCACCGGUUCGAGGACGUGCCAGGGGUGCGCCGGCACCUGGUCCGGAAGAGCGCCAAGGGCCAGGUGGUGCACAUCGGCAAGGACCGCAAGGAGCCCAGUGCCCGGCAGCGCAAGCAGGACCGGCAGCCCCACGAGGUCUUUGUGGAGCUGAACGAGCUGAUCGUGGACAAGAACCAGGAGAUGCAGUGGAGGGAGACGGCCCGCUGGAUCAAGUUUGAGGAGGACGUGGAGGAGGAGACGGAUCGGUGGGGCAAGCCCCACGUCGCCUCCCUUUCCUUCCGCAGCCUGCUGGAGCUGCGCCGGACCCUGUCCCAUGGGGCGGUUCUUCUGGACCUGGACCAGAAGACGCUUCCGGGGGUGGCACACCAGGUGGUGGAGCAGAUGAUCAUUUCUGACCAGAUCCGUGCGGAGGACCGCGCCAACGUGCUCCGGGCACUGUUGCUCAAGCACAGCCACCCCUCGGACGAGAAGGAGUUCUCCUUCCCCCGCAACAUUUCCGCCGGCUCGCUCGGCUCGCUGCUGGGCCACCACCACAGCGCCAACCACGUGGCGGAAGGCGCGGAACCGACGGUCACAGAUCCACUCAUCGGCGGCCACGUCGGCGAGCACGAAACCAAAGUGGACAUCGAGAAGGAGAAGGAAGCCCUGCCCCCUGCGCUCCCGGGCGGCAUCACACGGUCCAAGUCCAAGCACGAGUUGAAGCUGCUGGAGAAGAUCCCGGACAACGCGGAGGCCACCGUGGUGCUCGUGGGCUCCGUGGACUUCCUGGACCAGCCUACCAUGGCGUUCGUGCGGCUGCAGGAGGCGGCGCAGCUGGAGGCCGUGCUGGAGGUGCCCGUCCCGGUCCGCUUCCUCUUCGUGCUGCUGGGCCCCAGCAGCGCCAACAUGGACUACCACGAGAUCGGGCGCUCCAUCUCCACCCUCAUGUCCGACAAGCAAUUCCACGAGGCGGCCUACCUGGCCGACGACCGGCGCGACCUGCUGCAGGCCAUCAACGAGUUCCUGGACUGCAGCGUGGUGCUGCCGCCCUCGGAGGUGCAGGGCGAGGAGCUGCUGCGCAGCGUGGCGCACUUCCAGCGCGAGAUGCUGCGGCGCCGCGAGGAGCAGGAGCGGCGGCUGCUGCUGCUGGGGGCCGCCGAGGAGCCCAAGUCCCCCGAGGAGAAAGCACUGCUGAAGCUGAAGGUGGCUGAGGAGGAAGAGGAGGCUGACCCACUCGAGCGCACGGGGCGCCCUUUCGGAGGGCUGAUCCGGGACGUCCGCCGGCGCUACCCCCAGUACCUCAGCGACUUCCGCGAUGCCCUGGACCCGCAGUGCCUGGCCGCCGUCAUCUUCAUCUACUUUGCUGCUCUGUCCCCAGCCAUUACCUUUGGGGGACUCCUGGGAGAGAAGACCCAGGGCCUGAUCGGGGUCUCCGAGCUGAUCAUCUCCACCUCCGUGCAGGGCAUCCUCUUCUGCCUGCUGGGGGCCCAGCCGCUCCUCGUCAUUGGCUUCUCGGGACCCCUCCUCGUUUUUGAGGAGGCCUUUUUCUCGUUCUGCUCGUCGCAAGGCCUGGAGUACCUGGUGGGUCGCGUCUGGAUCGGCUUCUGGCUCAUCCUGAUCGUGCUGGUCAUAGUGGCCUUCGAGGGCAGCUUCCUGGUGCGCUUCGUCUCGCGCUUCACCCAGGAGAUCUUUGCCUUCCUCAUCUCCCUCAUCUUCAUCUAUGAGACCUUCUACAAGUUGAUCAAGAUCUUCCAGGAGCACCCCCUCCAUGGCUGCGGGAACACGAAUGGCACGGAGGCCGGCACCGGCCUGGCGGGGGGCGGCCUGGCGCUCGCAGAGAAUGGGACGACCCAGCAGGCGCCCCCCAAAGUGACCGGCCAGCCCAACACGGCGCUGCUCUCGCUGGUGCUCAUGGCUGGCACCUUCUUCAUCGCCUUCUUCCUGCGCAAGUUCAAGAACAGCCGCUUCUUCCCUGGCCGGGUUCGGCGCGUGAUUGGGGACUUCGGCGUGCCCAUCGCCAUCCUGCUCAUGGUGCUGGUGGACUACAGCAUCCAGGACACCUACACGCAGAAGCUCUCAGUGCCCCACGGCUUCUCUGUCACAGACCCCCAGAAGCGGGGCUGGGUGAUCAAUCCGCUGGGGGUCGGGCAAAGCUUCCCCGUCUGGAUGAUGGUGGCCAGCGGGCUGCCCGCCCUCCUCGUCUUCAUCCUCAUCUUCAUGGAGACCCAGAUCACCACGCUGAUAAUCAGCAAGAAGGAGCGGAAGCUGCGGAAGGGCUCCGGCUUCCACCUGGACCUGCUGCUGGUGGUGGCCAUGGGGGGCUUCUGCGCCCUCUUCGGGCUGCCCUGGCUGGCGGCCGCCACGGUGCGCUCCGUCACCCACGCCAACGCCCUCACGGUCAUGAGCAAGGCCGUGGCGCCCGGGGACAAGCCCAAGAUCCAGGAGGUGAAGGAGCAGCGGGUCACGGGGCUCCUGGUGGCCCUCCUUGUGGGCCUGUCCAUCGUGAUCGGUGACCUUCUGCGCAAGAUCCCGCUGGCGGUCCUGUUCGGGAUCUUCCUCUACAUGGGCGUCACCUCGCUGAACGGGAUCCAGUUCUACGAGCGCCUCCACCUGCUGCUGAUGCCCCCCAAGCACCACCCCGACGUGCCCUACGUCAAGAAGGUGCGCACGGUCCGCAUGCACCUCUUCACGCUGCUGCAGCUGGGCUGCCUGGCCGUGCUGUGGGCCGUCAUGUCGACCGUGGCCUCGCUGGCCUUCCCCUUCGUCCUCAUCCUCACCGUGCCGCUCCGCAUGUGCCUGCUCAGCCGCAUCUUUACGGAGCGAGAGAUGAAAUGCCUGGAUGCAGCCGAGGCCGAGCCCAUCCUGGACGAGCGGGAAGGGGUGGACGAGUACAACGAGAUGCCCAUGCCGGUGUGAGGUGCCGCGGCCCCGGAGGGGCUGGCCUGGGGAGGCCGUCGCUGCCGCCUGUGCUGGGCCCACGCAGCCCCGCCUUGCACCCAGUGCCUUUGACGCCCGCAAGAAGCCGGCCGUGCGCCAGCCCUUCCCCUGCUGUGGGCAGCCA